UGAUAUGUCCAGAGGAAGUAUUCCAUCGGUAAAAUGGCUGCGUUUCCUGUGAUGUGAAGAAGACUCCUAAAAAGCACUUAAAUCGUUGAUUCAAGUUUUUCUGUAGGGUUGUGCUUGGUGGUAUUUAUAUUUAUACCCUUUAUGAUGGCAAACACGCUGGAUUUCAGGACGCACGCGGACCAGUCAUGCAGAUAUUCCGAAGAGUUUGUGAACAUUUAUUACGACUGCAUGGACAAGAAAAGGAGGAAUCUGACCAGGCUCUACUUGGACAAGGCCACACUUGUUUGGAACGGGAACGCAGUGUCAGGACAGGACGCUCUGGGCGAGUUUUUUGAAUCAUUACCAUCAAGCGAGUUCCAAGUUCACACCCUGGACUGUCAGCCAGUUCACGAACAAGCAACACAAGGUCAGACUACACUGCUCGUGGUGACCGGUGGAACAGUCAAGUUCGAGGGGAACAAACAACGUUUCUUCAACCAGAACUUUUUAUUAACCGCUCAGGCGUCACCCAACAACGACCAGCCUGUUUGGAAGAUUGCUAGUGACUGUUUCAGAUUUCAAGACUGGAACAGCUGAAACUCUAAGACGUGUGAAACUCAAAGUUCAGAAUGUUGAAUUACAAGAUACUGCAAUUUUCCCAUGUUUUGUAGUAAAAUGAUUCAAACUGCAUAUGAAAACAUGUUUAUUUUUAUGUGAUCAUAUUGAUGACAUAAAUACAAAAAAGGGUGUCCUUUAGUGAUGGAAAACUGUCAACAUCACAACACUUAGAAAAGCACAUAGAAAACACUCCUAACAUUACAAUAAACAGACUUGACCUUUUGAUACCAAUUUGUACAUUAACCUAUUAACCGAGGUAUAAUAUACACAUUACAGUAAGCCAGAUGUGACUACAGCUAAUGUCUAGGAGUAUUUUAGUAGUUAAUAAUUAAGUAGUUCGCUUGCGCUCUAAUAAAUAAGGUGCCCACAAAUAUUUUAAAGAAGUGGUUUCUAUACAAGCAACUGACUAUUUUACGAUGUCCAUAUAUUAAAACCUUCACUUAUC